AUGGAGAUCAUUGCUGCAUCUCAGGAGACCGGAGAAUUUGAAAAAAGUCUCAAUGCUUCCUUCAUAGCUGUCAUACCGAAAAAGGAGGGUGCAACGAACAUCUUGGGUUGUGAAUUACAUGUCAAAAAUCUGUCCUGGUCGCCGCCUGCAUUUCCAAAGGAAACACCUGAAACAAUAAAAGAAUAUAUUAGGGAGAAGUAUCUAUUGCCUCAGCUGGAUGCAGAUGAGUUUUCUCCCGAAAAAGCCGGAAGGCAGUGGGAGUUUGAUUGGUUUGAAAGAGCUAAAAUCCUUCCAGAUCCAUCUUUGCCACGAUCUGUUGUUGUUCCAACAUGGGAAGUGCCUUUUAGACGUCAGAGGGACAGAUUGGAUAAUGGAAGAUGGGAGCCAAACUCAGAGGAGAGAGAUGUAUCUGAACUUACAGUUGGAACUGAGGAUUCUGGGGCUCUGCCGCGUAUUGUUGGACCACCAAAGGAUUUCGUUAGAGGAAGCAUCAAUAAUCGUCCUUUCCGACCUGGUGGCUUGGAUGAUUCUCCUUCAUUGGGCAGAGUUGUUCCUGAUGGUGCUACCAAUGGUGAAUGGGUAAGGGAGGUGCUUAAUGGCGGUCCUGCCCAAACCGCUCCUCCAAGCUUUAAGCAAGGGCCUGAUCUUGGUGAUCUUAAGACACAUUCCUUCUCAUGGAAUAUAUAUGAGGAUCAGAGUGCUGUCACGAACACAGCGGAGGUGAAACUGAGUGAGUUAUCCGUGCAGUUUGAUGACUUGUUUAAGAAAGCUUGGCAAGAGGAUGUCACAGAGUUUGUUGGAGAUGGUCAUACGUCUGAAUUGCAAUCUGAAGCAGAACAAUUGACAUCUGUCACGCUAGAGCCACUUCAGGUUGAAGCUGAAGUAAAGAAGUCCGAAGUGGCUGAUGAGGCUUUAGACACUGAGAUAUCUGUCUUGGAUGAGAUUUUGUCUGUUGAAGCAGAAGGAUCAUCUUCAAGAUUGGAUGAGGAUAAAGAUGGUGCACGUCAAGAGAAUGAGGGAUGGGCUGUUACUGGUGGCAGUAAAAUCAUUGUAGAACGAUUUCAUGAGCUAAUUCCAGAUAUGGCUCUUACUUUCCCAUUUGAACUCGACCCCUUUCAAAAGGAGGCCAUCUAUCAUCUUGAAAAGGGGAACUCUGUCUUUGUUGCUGCUCAUACAUCUGCUGGGAAGACUGCUGUCGCAGAAUAUGCAUUUGCUUUGGCAGCUAAACACUGUACCAGGGCUGUAUAUACAGCUCCAAUCAAAACAAUUAGCAAUCAAAAAUACAGGGAUUUUUGUGGGAAAUUUGAUGUUGGCCUUCUCACGGGUGAUAUAAGCUUGAGACCUGAGGCAUCUUGUCUUAUAAUGACGACUGAGAUAUUAAGGUCAAUGCUUUACAGAGGGGCUGAUAUGAUUCGUGAUAUAGAAUGGGUUAUAUUUGAUGAAGUGCAUUAUGUCAAUGAUGUUGAAAGAGGUGUUGUUUGGGAAGAAGUUAUCAUUAUGCUCCCAAGACAUAUCAACUUUGUCCUCCUUUCAGCUACGGUACCAAACACAAUUGAAUUUGCCGACUGGAUUGGUCGAACAAAACAAAAGCAAAUUCGUGUGACUGGGACGACCAAAAGACCGGUCCCAUUGGAGCAUUGUCUCUUCUAUUCUGGGGAGCUUUACAAAGUAUGUGAGAAUGAAGAGUUUCUGCCUCAGGGAUUUAAAGCAGCCAAAGAUGUACAUAAGAAGAAAACCACUAGUUCUGUCUCUGGUGGCACCAGCUUGCAUCCUGGGUCUUCAACCGCUGCUGAUAAGGCUCGAGGACAGAGGCGUGAUAGCUCUUCUCAGGGGAAGCAACACAAGCAUUCUGGUCCCCAAAAAUCAGGGAAUUUUGGUACUGGUUGGGGAACCCAAAGCAAUGGCUUUGGACAGAACAAUAUGGGCUUAAGGAGAUCAGAGGCGUCUUUGUGGUUGACACUGAUUAACAAACUCUUGAAGAAAUCGCUGUUACCUGUGGUUAUAUUUUGUUUUUCGAAGAAUCGAUGUGACAAAUCAGCUGAUAACAUCCCUGGUACUGAUCUCACAAGUAGCUUUGAGAAAAGUGAAAUUAGGAUAUUCUGUGAUAAGGCAUUUUCACGGCUUAAGGGAUCUGACAGAAACUUACCGCAGAUUGUCAGAAUUCAGAGCCUUCUCCGUAGAGGUAUUGCUGUGCAUCAUGCAGGGUUCCUCCCAAUUGUCAAGGAAGUUGUAGAAAUGCUUUUUUGUCGAGGUUUGGUUAAGGUUCUGUUCUCAACAGAGACAUUUGCAAUGGGAGUUAAUGCUCCAGCUAGGACGGUUGUUUUUGAUUCUUUAAGAAAGUUUGAUGGUAAGGAAUUUAGGCAGCUACUUCCUGGAGAGUACACUCAGAUGGCUGGACGUGCUGGAAGGAGAGGACUUGAUAAAACUGGCACAGUUGUGGUGAUGUGCCGUGAUGAGAUCCCUUACGAGAAUGAUUUGAAGCAUGUAAUAGUUGGUACUGCAACUAGGCUUGAAUCUCAGUUUCGACUGACCUACAUCAUGAUUUUGCAUCUACUUCGGGUUGAAGAACUGAAGGUUGAGGACAUGCUGAAAAGAAGUUUUGCUGAAUUUCAUGCUCAGAAGAAACUACCUGAGCAGCAACAACUCUUGAUGCGAAAGCUUGCUCAGCCAACAAAAUCCGUUGAAUGCAUAAAGGGUGAACCAGCAAUUGAGGACUACUAUGACAUGUUCUUGGAGGCAGAAAAAUAUAGCCACCAAAUAGCAGAGGCAGUAAUGCAGUCGCCAGCUUCUCAGCAGUAUCUUUCUCCUGGGAGAGCAGUGGUUGUAAAAUCACAAUCAGGUCAAGAUCACUUACUAGGCGUUGUGGUGAAGACACCUUCCUCUAACAACAGACAGUAUAUAGUUUUAGUUCUGACUCCUGAGUUGCCUUCAAUUCUGCAAGCUUCGUCAGAUAUAAGUGACAGAAAAGACCAAAAAAAUCCUGAAUUUCAGGUAUUAGUGCCUAAAUCAAGACGGGGUUAUGAGGAUGAGUAUUGCUCGUCAGUCUCCUCCCGGAAGGGAUCUGGCAUUAUCAACAUUAAAUUGCCUCACCGCGGUAAUGCUGCUGGGAUGAAUUAUGAGGUUCGAGGAGUUGAAAACAAGGAUUUCUUGUAUAUAUGUGUUAAAAAAAUUAAGAUAGACCAAGUUCGGCUUCUUGAAGAUGUUAGUGCUGGGGCCUACUCAAACACUAUUCAACAGCUGCUGGGUCUGAAAUCUGAAGGAAAUAAGUAUCCUCCAGCCUUAGAUCCGAUUAAAGAUCUGAAGUUGAAAGACGUGAAUCUUGUGGAAUCAUACUACAAAUGGAAUAAUCUCUUGCAAAAAAUGGCACAAAAUAAGUGUCAUGGUUGUAUUAAAUUGGAGGAGCACAUGAAAUUAGCUAGAGAAUUGAAGCGGCACCAUGAGGAAGUGAAUCAUUUGAAGUUUCAAAUGUCAGAUGAGGCACUUCAGCAGAUGCCAGAUUUUCAGGGUCGGAUAGAUGUGCUUAAAGAAAUUGGCUGUAUAGAUGCUGACCUUGUAGUUCAAAUCAAAGGUCGUGUUGCUUGCGAAAUGAAUUCCGGAGAGGAGUUGAUAUGCACCGAAUGUUUAUUUGAGAAUCAACUAGAUGACCUGGAACCAGAAGAGGCAGUGGCUAUCAUGUCUUCCUUUGUGUUUCAGCAGAAGGAGACUUCUGAAUCCUUUCUCACGCCAAAGCUUUCUCUGGCUAAAAAGAGGUUAUUUUUCUUUUGAAAAUGUUUAGUUUGAUAUUCUCAUC